AUGCUUUGUAACUGUUGCUAUCUCAUGCUGCGGGGACAAGAAGGCUUCCAGUGGAGAGGCUCGUACGACUUGCACUUUCGUCACCACGAAAACGAGCUGGCGCUUCAAGCGUCGGCCAAAACCUGUUUCAUCUGCCAGACAAUCGCGAAAAACUUACCUGAGAGGGGAUUGCUUGACUUCAGUGCCAGUCAGCAGGAAGAAGGACGAUUUAGAGCCAGUCUCACACGCCUACCCGACAAUGAAGAAGACUAUCUUCUUGAAUUUUACCGUCAGAAGCUGAAAGUUGGAGUUUUCGUCCUACAGAACUCUGUUGAGCCACCGUCCUCGACACCGAGAUCCGACAACACGUGCUCCGAUGAGGCUUUUCAACUCAUCAGCACGUGGAUCAAAGGCUGUAAAUGUGUCAACGUACACGACGAUCCAGCAUAUCCAACUCGAUUGAUUGAUCUGCACGAUUUGAAGGAGCGUCUUGAAGACCGGGAGCCUACCAGCGAUGAAGAUGCCAAAUGGAAGCCGUUGGAAGUCCGCUUAGUCGAUGGGGCGUGCCUGCUGGAGGAAGACAAGCAGACGGAGGAGAGGAAACAGAUAAAGAAGGGCAAGCAGACAAAGAAGGGGAAGCAGAAGAAGAAAAGCAGGAAGGCGAAGAAAUGGAAGAAGGCGAAGAAGGCGAAGAAGGCGAAGAAGGCGAAGAAGGCGAAGAAAGGCAAGCAGAUGGAGGAACGAAAGCAGAAAAGCCCUUCCUACGUCACAUUAAGCCAUUGUUGGGGUCAAGCGGAAAUCUUCAAGUUAACGAAGGGACGAUACGACGAUUGUCUGCAGGGAAUACAGCUCGACAAGCUACCGCAGACUUUUCAAGACGCCAUGAAGUUUGCCGCACGCUUAGACCAGGUUCGAUACAUCUGGAUCGACUCGCUUUGCAUCAUCCAAGACGACAAAGAAGAUUGGCUUCAGCAGUCCAGGCAGAUGGCCGACAUCUAUAGCAAUGCGUUUCUCAACAUCGCCGCCACAGCCGCGACCAACAGUAACGAAGGGCUGUAUUCGAGACGUGACUGGCGAUGGCUGUGGAACAACGAGAUCGACCUCAACGUUGAUGAUAUAUCGUUCUGGGACGAGUGUGUCGACCGUGCUCCCCUGAAUACCCGUGGCUGGGUGCUGCAGGAACUUUACAUGUCACCAAGGCAGGUGAACUUCUGCAGCGGCCAAGUUACGUGGGAAUGCAGCGAAGACCGAAAAUCUGAGCGACAACCUGAAGGCCUUCCCAGGUUCAACGGCAUAGCACGAGAAUUCGUUCGUGGCGCAGCACUGGAAAGAACCCAAUUGAAUGGCGCUUCAGCAAAGCUGAACGGCAAUGAAGAUGCAGCCCUCGCGUACCGCUCAUGGAAGCACAUUGUGGAGCGGUACACACGGGCAAAACUAACUAAGCCUGAGGAUAAGCUCAUCGCCCUUCCCCAAUCUUACGACCCUCAAAACUUCGAUCCAGGGAAGUAUGACCAGCGAUAUUUGGCAGGAAUGUGGGAGCACAAUCUCCAGUAUCAGCUGCUCUGGAGUAUCAAGCCCCAAGUUGGUCCUGGGCAGCCGUGGAUGCUGAUCAUGGCAUAA